CACGAGUGAUCCCGAGGAUCGAAGCAGAAUACACGCACACAAUGUAGACAACCUCGAUCUCAGCUUCAUCUGUAGUAUCAAUCAUUCCAUUCUGCACUACACUUGUGCAAUAGUAGCCAUGAUUAGACGAACGUUGGCAUUAUUAUCCAAACGAAUGACGAUCCCACGUCUUUCACCCACGCAUACUCAAGCGAGAAUAACCGAAUUUUUGGUCAAACAAGGCGAUUCGGUGGAGCCCUAUGACACGGUCUUCAUUGUGGACUGUUCUCCUGACUUUAUCACUCCAGGGUUUCGAGAUAGUCCUGACCAGAUAGUGUCCAUGAUCAUUGAGAACCAGGAAGAUGGCGUCAUUCAAGAAUUGCAGACGAAACUCAUUGGACAAUGGCUGGAUGUCGAUACCCCCAUUGGAAUCAUUCAUGACGGGGAUGACGACACGGAUGGUGAUUGGACGUGGCAAGCAUACAAAAAUGAAUGAUUGACUACUAGAUCUACUAGCAAAUUAUGAAUGGCAAAUCUCAUCGCAUCAUCAUGUCCAUUCCUUUGACAAGAAUGAUUGAUGUUUUUUACUACAAUGUCAUGUGUUGUCUCCACUCACUUUCUCUGCUCUUCACGAAUCACUCGCUUUUCCAUCAAUGUCAAAAACCUCACUGGAGUCUUGACAACCCGAAGUCGAAAUCGUUCAAAGUACCCUACACUUUCACCCGAAUGCUGUACUGGAAAUCCCUUUGUCUCCUCUGUUUCGGUCGAGUUGUUGGUUGUAACGGUAGAUGUAAUGAAAAUAUCAAAGUCUCCGCCAAUAUAGUCUAGACAACCA